ACACCAAUUCCACCAACCAUCUGAACCAUACCAACCACAGAUCCCGAAGGGGUGGUUCGUUAGUCUGACGAAGGAGCAACGUGUGCUGUGUGUGCUGCUCUGGCUUCGAGGCACGCGCAGGCAGCGACCGCACGUCCUUCUAAUCGAACUUCAGCCGUUCGUAGAGCUAUCUUCAUUGAUACGAAUCAUCGUCCUGGAAAUAUUGCCAAACUGCUCGUUUAUCGGUCUGUCAUUGGUCGACCCCACCAGCCAACAUGUCGAUGACUGAUCUCUACAAGGUCUUUGACCAGACGGUCAGGGACAUUACUAGGGAGGUGAAUCGCAGCAUUUUGAAGGUUCCUGAGAUCGAACAAAAGACGUUGGAUGCGACAAGCAACGAGCCAUGGGGUCCUCACGGCCAGGCCAUGAACGAGAUCGCCAGCUCCACCCGCAACUACCCGGACUUUCAAAUGAUAAUGGCGAUUCUGUGGAAGCGAGUCCAGGACUCAGGAGCCAAUUGGAGACAUGUGUACAAGGCGUUGACGCUGAUGGAGUUUCUGGUGGCGAACGGCGCGGAGCGCUGCAUCGACGAGUUCAGAGACCAUAUGUACCAGCUGCAGAGACUGACGGAUUUCCAAUACGUGGACCCGGACGGCAAGGACCAGGGCAUCAACGUGCGCAAGAAGGCUCAGACCCUCGUGGCGCUGCUGAGGGACACGGACAAGAUCCGGGAGGUCCGGGAAAAGGCGGCGGCUAAUCGCAACAAGUACGGUGGCAUUUCCUCCGCUGCCUACCGUGCGGGUAAUGCGUUUGGCAGCAACGCCGGCGGCUUUGGCAGCAGCAGCAGGAGCGGCGGCGGCGGCGGCGGUUAUGACAGCUACGGUGGCGGCGGGGGCGGUGGCGGUGGCGGUGGCAGCCGUUACGACGGUUACGGCUCCAGGGACGACUUUGGACCUCCCCGUCGGGCUGGUGGCUAUUCCGAGGACAGGGACGGGGGUGACCGGUACGGCUCCCGUGGGCGGGAUGACAGGGGCGAAGGGGGCAAGAGCCGCUAUUCCUCACGUUAUGGGGAGGAGGAGGGGGAGCGUGGAGGGAGCCGUUACGCGGAUUCUAAGUACGAUGAGGGCAGAGGGGGGCGUGGUGGUGCGAGGGAUGACGAGGAGCGGGAGUAUGGCCGCCCUGGGUACUCUGCGGCUAGUGAGGGGUCGCAGCAAGGCCCUGCAACCUUGGACGAUGAUGACUUUGAACCCCGUGGAUCGUCCAAGCCCUCUCAGCCUGCUGCCUCUGCUGGCGAUGAUGAUUUUGAUGACUUUGACCCCCGCGGCGCUCCACCUGCAGCUGCCAAGCCGUCCGCCCCUCCCCCUGUGACUGCGCCUGCAGCUGCCGCCCCUGCUGCCAACCUGCUGGAUGACCUCUUCUCUGCCCCUGCACCAGCUGCUCCUGCUGCCCCUGCAGCACCAGCAGCUGACCUCUUCUCUGGCGCAGACUUCCAGUCUGCUCCUGCUGCAGCAGCAGCACCGCUUGGGGGUGGAGUCGACCUCUUCUCUACGCCUGCACCAGUGGCAGCACCUGCUCCUGCUGCGGCCGCUGCUGUGGACCCUUUUGCUGCGUUUUCGGCCCCUGCUCCUGCUUUUGCCGCCCCUGCUGCAGAUGACUUUGGUGACUUUUCAGCAGCAGCUCCCGCUCCUUCCGCUUCUGCAGCCUCUGCUGACCCCUUUGCUGCCAUGCUUGGUGCCACAGCCCCUGCUGCUGCCCCCUCUGCUUUCCCCUCUGUCUCUGCCCCCGCUGCUGGUAUGGGCACUCCUGCUGCUGCUGGGCGUCCAUCUGCUGGGGCUGCACCGCAAGGGGGCAAGUCGCCUGGGCUGUGGGCGGAUGCUCUCAGCUCUGGUCUCAUUGACCUCGCCAUUACUUCAUCCAAGGAUGAGAAUCUUGCUGCUCUGGGCAUCAUGACAGAUUCAGCCUCCCUCAAGGCAGACCCCAAAUCAGUCGUCUCCCCGAAUUCCACCUCAGCAGCAGCCACUGCUAGCCCCAGCCCUUUCAACAUGGGAGGCGCAUCCAUGGGUAGGGCCAUGGGCCAGGGCUCUGGGAAGGGAAUAGCAGGAGCAAGCACCCUCACCACGCCUGUGCCUGCCCCUGCAGCAGCUGCUGCGUUUGGCAUGGCUGGAAUGGGUGGUCUAGGGGUGAUGCCUGGUGCCGCCGUGGGAGCAGUGCCUACCAUGCCAAUGGGAUUCGGUGCUGCUCCGGCUGCGGGUGGUGCUGGUGGCAUGGGAGGCUUUGCUGCGUUCCCCAUGCCUGGUGCUGCUGCUGUGCCUGGAGCAGGGGUUGCUGGGAUGGGUGGUGUGGCUGGUGGAGUGGGUAUGGGUGCAGCAGGCAUGUAUGGCGGAGUGGGUGGACCUGGAGCCACAGGAGGUGCGGCUGGUGGUGCUCCUCUUUUCAAUGCGUUCGGCUAGUCUUAGGGCGACUUGGGACAUGGGAGGUUGGACUAUGAGUCAGGGGGAUUGAGUGGGGAAAUUGGACAAUGAGGUAUGUCUCUUUCUGCCUAAGUGUCGGAUGGUUUUGAGGUUGAGUAUAUGCAAGGUACUCGGCUUACAGGGGCGUUGGGUUGAGAUGCGGUUUAUUGAGGCGGUGUACUCCUGUCAGAUCUGUUUGGUCUACCAGUGUUUCAGACAGCAUUCUACAAGCAAGUGAUGGUGAACCAUGUGGAAUUGAUGUGGGUUGUCGCUUAUCGUUUUUAGUCCCCCGUGGACCGAAGUCCGGCCAAUGAGCCAAUCGGGGCAAUGACUCGAGCCUGUCAACCGACCUGCAGUGGGGUUUGCCGAGCUCAAGCUGUCUGUCUGGUUCGGUGGGAGUCUUGGCUUGGCCGAAUGGUUCAGCACGGUUCUUCCGGGAAAGGCAUGCACGGUAUGGCUGGCC